GAGAACCAACCAAACACAAUCAAAUCCAAACAAAAUGUUCAAAUUUUUCGCUUUCUGCCUGCUCGCUAUUGUGGCCUGCGUUGCUGCCAAACCAGCUGUUCUUGCCACUCCUUUUGCUUACUCCGCCUACUCUUCUCCUCUGGUCGCUGCCUCUCCUUACACCGCUGCCUACACUAGCGCUGCUUACACAGCUCCUGUGGCCGCCGCCUACUCAGCCUACUCUUAUCCUUACGCUAGUGCCUAUUCCGCUUAUCCCUAUGCUUCCUACUAUCGUUAAGAAAUGAACGGACCCCAUAUUUGACUGGAACUAGAGAUAUAUGUAUACUCGGAUAUUCGGAUAGCUACAAAUCAUUUAUUUUUCAUGUCUUUCUACUCCUUAUAAAAAGUAUUCUAAUUUGGCGAACUGUUCCCCAGACUGCUACAAAAGAAUACAUCAAAAUCAUUUUCACACGGCAAUUGUUGCGAAAUAAAUGCACUCUAUGUUAAAACGUA